UAGGCAUGUACAGUGUAGUUCUAAAAUAUGUGACGAUCCUAAUUUGAUCUAUCUUGUUAAACCUUGAAAAUAAUACAUAAAAUGGUACACUGUUGUCUGAUGAUUUUGCUAAUCUUUGGAAUACAGGAAUAUGGUGUAGAUGCUUGGGAAAUCAAAAUUGUGAGGAACGACACCACUCUAAUAAGCGAGGUGCCUCGGACAGAUUUUUCAACGCCCAUUAACAGUAGUGAAGUCACACUUAUAAACAGUGGUUUAAAUUCCACACACAGUGACACGUUAAAGAAUACUUCAAACCUUUUCCAAGGAAAAAAGGAGAAAAACGGUACAGAUGACGGAGUCAUUAUUAUCUUUGUGGUUUUCAGCGUACUAGUUAUUUUUCUAGCUACUGUGGUAAUCAUAAGAAUAAAGAAGAAAAUGUCGAUUUUACCGACGUAUUCUUCGUUACAAAAUCUUUGCUGCAAGGAGACACCUGUCCCACAAAGGGAAUUUGAAAUGACUCCCAUGAAUACAACUGGUAUCUCAGACGUUUGAGGUUUUGUAUUUGAAUGAGACAGAGUGUGUGAUCGACUUAAAAAUUUAUUUUUGUUUAAAAACAAUUAAAUACGUCGUUGUAUUGAAAAACAGUAUGUCUGUUAGUUUCUUUUUCCUUUUUUGGUUUUUCAUAUUAUUUAGAUAUUAUA